AUGGCGCCAGAGAUCAACACUACUCCUAUUGCUCCAAAGAAGAAGCUCCACAUCGCAGUGUUUCCAUGGCUGGCCUUCGGUCACAUGAUCCCAUUCCACCACCUCGCCAACCUCCUCGCCGCACAGGGCCACCACAUCUCCUUCCUCUCCACACCUCGAAACAUCCACCGCCUACCCAAAACCCCUCCCAAACUCUCACAUUCUUUCAAUUUCGUCCCUCUCCACCUCCCCCAAAUCCCCGGCCUCCCUCCGGCGGCCGAAUCCACCGCCGACCUCCCUCCCGGCCUCGUCCCCUACCUCAAGCUCGCCCACGACGGGCUCGAGCCGGCCGACUUCACCGUUCCCCCGAAGUGGGUCCCGUUCCCGUCGAGCGUGGCGUACCGGCUCCACGAGGCGCGGCGGUUUUUCGAGCCGCCGCCGGAGGGAGUGGCCGUGCCGGUGGUGGUCGGUGAUCUGGAGCGCGGCGAGGCGGCGUUGAAUGGGUGCGAUGUGCUGGCGCUGCGCACGUGCCCGGAGCUGGAGCGCGAUUGGCUGGAUCUGACGGGCCAGCUGUACGGGAAGCCGGUUGUCCCGGCGGGGCUCCUGAUUCCCUCCGAACCCGAACCCGAACCCGAACCGGAGGGUCCGUGGGUGGCGGCGAGGGAGUGGCUCGGGAAGCAGAGGUUCGGGAGCGUUGUGUACGUGGCGUUCGGGAGCGAGGUGAGUUUGACGAAGUAUGAAAUGACGGAACUGGCCCUUGGUCUGGAACUUGCAGGGUUUCCUUUUCUCUGGGUUCUCAGAAAGCAGGGUAAGGCGGGAAGCUCAGCGGAAGAAGAAGACGGCGAGCUGCUGCCGGAGGGAUUCGAGGACAGAAUCCAGGCGAAGGGAAUUGGGCUCGUACACACGGGCUGGGCCCCGCAGGUGCAAAUCCUGGCCCACGGAUCCGUAGGCGGGUUCCUGACCCACUGCGGAUGGGGCUCCGUAGUGGAAGCGCUCCGGUUCGGCCGGCCGCUGAUCAUGCUGCCGAUCCAAGUCGUCGAUCAGGGCCUGAUCGCCCGGACGUUCGCCGAGAGAGGCGCCGGAGUCGAGGUCGCGAGGGACGAGGAAGACGGGUACUAUUCCGGAAGUUCCGUCGCCGAAUCUGUGCGGGCGGUGAUGGGGGAGGAAUCCGGGAGGCGGUACCGGGACAAAGCGGAGGAGAUGAGGGCGGCGGUGUUCGGAAAUACGGGGGUUCAGGAUCGCUGCUUCCGUGGGUUCGUUGAGUUUCUGGAAAAUUAUAGCCGAAAUAAUAAUGUAUGACGUUGGAGUGUACGUACUUGAACUUGGGAUUGUCGUGAUCGAUUAAUUAAUAUUGUUCUACUCUACUCU